AUGCCUACCAUAUCUGUUGACAAGUACAGGCUCUUCGAAGCUCUCGGCAACAGCUUUACCAAGCCAGAAUUCGAGGACAUUUGCUUCGAGUAUGGCAUCGAGCUCGACGAAGACACCGAGGACCAGGAACGGCCCAUUGUGGACGGGAAGCAGGAGCCUCCUCAACUGAAAAUCGAAAUCGGAGCCAAUCGCUACGACAUGCUGUGCUUCGAAGGCAUUGCCCUCAACCUAAACAUCUUUCUCGGCCGUGUCAGCCCUCCAAAGUACCGCGUUGUCGAGCCCAAGGAUGCAACGACCCAAGUCAUCAAGGUUUCACCCGACACCACAAAGGUCCGACCUUUUGUCUCUGGCGCCGUGCUGCGCAAUAUCAAAUUCACCCAAGACAGAUACGACUCCUUCAUCUCCCUGCAAGACAAGCUUCAUCAGAACUUGGCCCGCAACCGAACGCUCGUCUCCAUGGGCACACACGAUCUUGAUACCAUCCAAGGGCCCUUCACCUACGAAGCGCUACCGCCCAAAGACAUCAAGUUCAUCCCUCUCAAUCAGACAAAGGAAAUGGACGGUCAAGAGCUCAUGGCCUUUUACGACGGCGACAAGCAUCUGGGCCGUUAUCUACACAUCAUCCGCGACGCCCCAGUCUAUCCAGUCAUUUACGAUGCCAACCGGACCGUCUGCUCACUCCCUCCCAUCAUCAAUGGCGAACACUCCAAAAUCACAACCAACACCACCAACGUCUUCAUCGAAAUCACCGCCACGGAUCUGACAAAGCUGCAGAUUGUCACCGACGUACUUGUCACCAUGUUUUCCGAAUACGUCGACCAACCUUUCACCGUGGAGCCAGUCAAGAUCGUUUCGGACCAUAACAACUUGACUCGCGUCACCCCGACUCUCGAGCCUCGAGUCGCUUACGCCGAGGUCGAUUAUCUCAACAGCUGCACGGGCUUGACCGAGUCCCCCGAGAGCCUCUGCAAGCUUCUCACCAAGAUGGCCUACGUUUCCAAACCAUCAGACACGGAUCCCAACUUGCUCGAGGUGCAGAUCCCACCUACUCGCGCCGAUGUCUUGCAUCAAUGCGACAUUAUGGAGGAUCUCGCCGUGUGCUACGGCUUCAAUAAGCUUCCGCGCACUGCCCCUACCCGAAGCGCUACCAUCGGAGCCCCAUUGAAAAUCAACAAGCUGGCUGAUGUUGUUCGAAUGGAGGCGGCUAUGGCCGGCUGGAGUGAAGUAAUGCCGCUCAUCCUGUGCAGCCAUGACGAGAACUUUGCCUGGUUGAAUCGCCGGGAUGAUGGCAAGACGGCAGUUCGACUUGCCAACCCCAAAACCCAGGAAUACCAAAUUGUCCGCACCUCUCUGCUGCCUGGUCUCCUCAAGACGAUACGCGAAAACAAAGGGCAUGCCGUUCCCUUCAAAAUAUUUGAAACCUCAGACGUGACGUUCAAGGACGAGUCUGCUGAGCGCAAAGCUCGCAACCAACGCCACUUUGCGGCUGCCUACUGCGGCAAAUCCAGCGGUUUCGAAGUCGUCCACGGCCUGCUCGACCGCAUCUUGGCCAUGCUUCGCACCGCUUUCAUCGCCCACGACGAAGGCUUGUCCGCCGGAAAGAGCAUCGACUACCAAGUCAAAGAAAGCCCCAGCAAGGCUGACGGCUACUGGAUCGAGGAGCUCGACGAAGGCACCUUUUUCCCCGGACACGGUGCUUCGGUGCACUUGCGUUUGGCGGGCAAGGACCGGCGCAUCGGCGAGUUUGGCAUCAUCCACCCGACCGUGUUGGAAAAGUUUGACCUGAGAUACCCCGUCAGCACGCUCGAGAUAGAUCUCGGGGUGUUGUUAUAG